AUGGAAAAGCUCCUGAAAACUGAAUUGAAGACCUCCAUUCUGAAGGCAUUUGGGAGCUCAGGAGGAGGGUAUAUUAGCAGAGGGCAGAGCUAUGAAACUGACAGUGGGCGAGUGUUUGUGAAAAUCAAUCACAAGCCUCAGGCUAGAAAAAUGUUUGAAGGUGAAAUGGCAAGUUUAGAGGCUAUCCAGAAAACCAACAUCCUGAGGGUGCCCCAGACCAUUAAAGUGAUUGAUCUUCCAGGAGAGGGUGCAAUGUUUGUCAUGGAGUACCUGAAGAUGAAAAAUCUCAACAAACACUCUGCAAAGUUUGGAGAGCAGAUAGCAGAUCUUCACCUUCACAACCAGAAACUUGGAGAGAAAUUAAAAAAGGAAGGAAACACUGUUGGUAAAGGUGCAGGACAUUCUGAACCUCAGUAUGUGGAUAAAUUUGGAUUCCAUACAGUUACAUGCUGUGGCUUUAUACAGCAGGUGAAUGAAUGGCAAAGUGAUUGGCUUACUUUCUUUAUACGUCACCGACUCCAAGCUCAAAUGGAUUUGAUUGAGAAAGUUUAUGGAGACAGAGAAGCAAGAGAACUGUGGUCACAGCUUAAGUUGAAGAUUCCUGAGAUGUUCUGCGAUGUGGAGAUUAUUCCCGCUCUUCUUCAUGGGGAUUUGUGGGCAGGAAAUGUUGCCGAGGAUGAUUUUGGCCCACUUGUCUUUGAUCCUGCUUCCUUCUAUGGCCAUUCUGAAUUUGACUUAGCGAUUGCUGUCAUGUUUGGUGGCUUUAGCAGCUCUUUCUUCUCUGUCUACCACAGUAAAAUCCCCAAAGCUCCAGGUUUUGAGAAACGAAACAAGUUGUACCAGCUCUUUAAUUAUAUAAACCACUGGAACCAUUUUGGGACAGAGUACAGGGGAUCUACUCUAAAUGUAAUGAGAAAGCUCUUAAAAUAA